AUGGCAAAUAGUACCACUGCUAUUACUAGUACUACCAGUUUACCGACUGUGCAAGAGCAGGAGCCAAGUAAUUUGGCAGAGAUUUAUGGAUCGUUUUUGGAGUGUGAUGGAAAUUAUCACACGGGGAAGCCCUUCCAAGAUGUUUACUCGACGAUUUUUGUGAUUGCUUGGGUUCAACUUGUCCCAGCGCUUCUUACAAUUCUCCACUACACCUCAAGCAUCUUCGCAAAAGGAAAGCACAUCAUCUGCUGCUGCGAAAGUUGGAAGAAAGCAAAAGUCAUCGCCGAUGACAGAACAGAAGUCGACGAGAUGGAAUCCCCGCCUGCCCGAUACAGAAAACGAGGUGGACCUCACGAGGAGGAGGAUGAUGUAAGACGGGGAACUAGAAAGCGCUCGAAGAACAGGAUGUGUUGUAUCGUUUUCGCGCGGAACUUGUUGACGGCCAUCAAUUACAUCAUCGUCUUCGCAGCUUUCGUCUCCUGCCUACUCCUUAUCAUCUCUUACCUGAGGCAGCAAGACACCGACCGAACAGUCAAUUCUGACGAUUUCGCCCUUUUCCGCGCCUCUGUCUUGGUCCAAUUUAUCCUCUCCUGCUUGGGAAUCAUCUAUUUGCUUGUAAUGCCUUGUGUAAUGUACUUUGCUCCACUGCCGGAACGAGGGAUUUCAGUUUUGAUGUUCAACGCUAGAAUCAAUCUUCAACUCGCUAUUUAUACCUCCAUGAUUGCCUGGUUUGUACUGAGCUUCGUGUUUACGUUCUUUGGAUUUUUCUACACUUAUGGUUCUUGUGGAAAACUUGUGGCAGAUGAAGUUUGA